CCAGGAUGCAUUGCGGGUGGCCUGGUGUGGCCGGGUUGCAGCCGUGCGCACCAACGCUCUUGUGUGCACUGUGUAGCUAGCGCAGCGUAGGUGUUCGUUGGCAGCUGUCCGUCGCUGUCCCGGUAGUGCCUUUGACGCCUGGGGUCUCGAAUGCCCGCUGCCUUGGCAUGGCAGCAACACCGACCAACCAACCCGCACCCCGGGGCCGCGGUCGUGGCAGGAGCCGAGUAAGGCCUGACAUCCAGUUGGUCCAUGCUGCCAACAGCAACACAGCAGCAGACAUCACUGGCAAGCUAAAUGUGGCUUGUGGGGCGGCACCUUCAGUUCCUGUUCGUGAUUUUGCUGCUGACCAGUUGGCGUACAGGCGCAUAGACCCCAUUGGCACGAGAGGUGGGGGUGAUGCCUCUGCACCCGCUGCGGUCAACAGCAGGCGUGCAGACAAGACCACCAAAUCACCCAGGAAUGGGCAGCGCAGUUGGCACAGCCACGCAAGUGGUGUCCGGGAUUCUACAGAAAGUAAACCGAAGUCCCGACCUAUGCUAAGUACAAACAAUUCGAGUGACUUGCCUGUGAGCCAUGUGUCCAGCUUGCCCAGGCGUUGCAGAGCUGAACCCAGGUGCGCGUCUCUGCCCGAACGCAGUGGGCAACAGCGCAGGCCAUUGGCAGAAAAAGUUCCGCAUGACCGUUCCAACAGCAAGACUGAUGCAAUGACCUGCAGGCCCUCCUCUGGCUACCCACCAGGUACCAAGCCAUUUGCACGAUCAUCAAAGAGUUGGAAAAGUCUCGCUAGUAGCGAUGAGGCUCACCAUGGACGAGCUGUAGCCAUGACCGUUGCCACUGGCACAGGCCAUCUGUACGCGCUGCACUUGCACAACAACUGUCCAGAGUUGCCACCAGUGGAGGACAUCGUGAAGCGCCUGCAAGAAAUACAAAUGGAAUUUCAAAGGGACGGCCUCAGUAUGGAACUGCCAUGCUCGAUGACGGACACGAAGCCCUGCUGGAUUUUGGACAACCUGAGGACAUUCAACCGCAUCUUGAUGAGAGUCGACAUUGAACUGAAGGAAGAAGAGCCGCGCAAACUCUGCGUUUGUUCUCUCGACGAAGCGGUGGUCGUGCACUCAAACGACAACUGGGUCUUCGAUGCCUGCAUCCUAUUCCACUUGCUCCUCAAAAGGCACAAGUGCAUACAAACGUUGCACCUAGACAAGACUGCUGUGGCAUCCGGUUACCCACAGAUACUCUGUGACGCGUUGGCCUGCAACAGGGGCCUUAAGCGCUUGGCCAUUGCCUGUUGGGAUUUCUUACCCGCCACAGAGCGCACGCUUGUCUACUCGCUGUGCAAGAUGCCUGCGCUCGAAUGUAUUUGCAUUUCCCAACUGUCUGUCACGCCAAGUGCAGCUGCACGCAUUGGUGACAUGAUAGCGAGGGCAAAGUGCAUACGCAAGGUUAAGUUCCUGGAAAAUGACAUGUCACCUGAGGCCGGUACAGAGCUCAUGAAGGGACUGUGUCGCAACAGCAACCUUGAGCUUAUUUGGCUUGACGACAAUGCCCUCGGAACCGGCGGAGCACGUUUCCUUGGCGAAUUCCUCGCCACGUCUCCUAAGUUGCGAGAGCUGUCGCUGAGUGAUGUGCCAUGCUUCGAUGAACAGCAACUGGUGUUCAUUGCAGAGGGGCUGAAGACAAAUUGUAGCCUCGAGAAACUGGAGAUUCAUGGGUGCCGCGUUGCUCCGGGUGGCAUUGACAGGCUUGCUGAAGUUCUAAAGACCAACACCACUCUGAAGUGUUUGGAGGUGUCCGCAUGCAACCUUGCACAAGCAGAAACCAGGUCUUUCGCAAUCCUUUUGGAGCUUAACACCGGUCUCCUUGAAGUAGACUUCAGGGACAACCUCAUCGAUGACAUUGGAGCAAUCCGGCUGGCGCAGGCAUUGAAGUUCAAUAUGCACCUGGAGAAGCUCAACCUUGAGGCUAACCAUAUCAACUCGCAGGGAGUGGUUUCGCUCGUCGAAGCACUUGGGAGCAACAGUGUACUGAAAGAGCUGAUGCUAGGCUGUGUUGAAGCAGAGGACGAAGAGGACCAACGGGCAGUCACAGCCGCUCUAAACCGCACCGCUGCCUAUGACCGCGUGCGACUGAGCUGCUAUGACAUUCGAGGUGUCUUCCAGCUCUCGGCGAGCCUCCGCAUGCAUGCCGACCGUAUCACAUCGGUGCACUUGGACUCGAGCGUCGACCUCGAUGCUGAUUGCCUCAAGGACCUGUUUGUUGCACUGGCUACGGUUUCGUGCCUCAAGUUUCUCUGCAUAGAAUCCCAAGCCACUAUGGACGGUUCCGCAGCAAGGAGGUUUGCCAAGCUACUGGUAACAACGAAGACGUUGAAGCAUAUUCAGAUGAACUCCUGCAGCGCUGACAGCGUGGCGCUGGAAACAGUCAUGAGGGGCUUGAAGAAGAACCGGUCUGUGCUGUUCAUGGAGAUGGAGUUUGCGGCCUGCAACAUUGCUUGCACCGAAGCAUUUGUGGACAUGUUGAAGGGGAACACAACGCUCACCCAUUUUGGCUACAUUACCACCAAGCUGUCCGAGCUGCAGGUGAUUGCUCGCGAGCUGCUGGCAAAUCACGUCCUGACUUCCCUCAAGAUUUGGGAGAAGCCCAGCUUCCGGGAGACCAUCUUUGAAAUUCACGAAAUCCUUCGGCGUAACGUCUCGUACCUCAACCGGGCUGUCGAGUUUGCCAUGGAGCCGGAGAAGUUUGGUACCCAGCGGUAUCCUGCUGUGGCUUUUGAGGAGCUCUGUCAGACGGACUCCUUCCAGAACCAUCUUGCCAGCAUUGCCGGGCCGCGCGGUGCGCCCGAGGCGAUGCGCAAUGCCCGUCGGCACAUCACCACGAACCUGUUUGCCAUCACAGGUGUGUGCCAAGUGCCCGUCACUUGCUGGCCGCACCCAGAAGGUGCACUGCAAAUAGACUGUCUGAACAUCUUCUGUUGGCUGAACAUAUUCUCCCAUCUGAAGGUAACGGACAUUGUAGUCUGACAGGGUGUUAACAUGCCAUUGCAAGAGAUUGCAAUGUUAUCAUCCAGAUGGAAAACAUAUUACUGUCUAAUUUUUUUCCCCAUCUUAUAUUAUGUUCAUAAUAGCGCUUUAUUCACGUAAAACGUGUUCAGUUGGGCCAAAGAAUGAGAAUGAAUGUGAAAUAGCAUUAAUUACUACGAUGUUUUGUGAGGUAUAACUACGAAGGUACAUCCAUGUAAGACAAGUGCAGGUUGCACAUGUACCAUUUAUGUGCAUUUUAUAACCUAUGCAGCUUUUAUGCUUUCAUUAAUGCCUUCUUAAUUAAUGAUAGUUGUCUUUUAAAUGUAUCUUUUCUUUAAUGUGUGCUAGAAGUAUCCUGCAUAGUUAAAUCACGCAUGUGUAUAUGAAAAGCAGCAGGUCUUGCUUUUUGUUUUUGGUAAUAUAUCAAUUAUUUAACCCUUUCGUUACCACAUGAAAUGUACAGCUUUUUUAUGCUUUUACAUUUUAACAAUUAACUUGUACAUAAACGUACAUAAAUUUAUAGCCUGAUCACUGGUGCUUUGAAUGAAUAUGUAGCAGUAGUAAUUGCUCAGGCAAAUUUUGAGAAUUUCUAUGUGAUGCUUCAAAAAAAGCACCUCAAGGAACACGAAAGUAAUAAUUUGCUAUUUUUAGUAUAAGUACUAAGAGUAAAAAAAAAAAAAAAAAACUGAAAUAUACAAAA